AACAGUUAAUAUUACAAUUAAACCCAAAUAACUUACUUAACCGCCGGUGUAGCAGCGGCCAAGACUCAAUCUCAGUCGCCACUCCAACUGUUAGUUCGUUAAAAAUUGAAUCUUUUAGCUUUUUCCUUUUUGCCCACAAAAAUUUAUAUAUAUAUAUAUAUAUAUAUAUUUAUAGAAAUAGGUUUAGACUAGAAAUCCCUAAACGCCCAAAACAUGGAUUUCAGACCCAACCCAGUUCACCAUUCUCAUCUUCUUCGUCCUCGAUAAUUUCCCUGGUACAUUUCGAUUUCAGAUGGUUUUCGGUUCUCAAAGUAAUUUGUUGAAUUCUCAGUCAGUAGUCAGUACUGACAUUCUCGUUUGACCCAACACACACGCGCACAGUCGCACGUGUCAAAAACGCAAGGCCUUUCUCUUCUUCAUAACCCGUCCAAAGGUACACGACAACAAACCUUACUUAUAUAAUCCAUUCCAUUCGAAUCCGAAUCCACAUAUUCCAACCCUAGAAUUCGACCAAGAUGAGGCUGCUCAAAGUAGCUACCUGCAAUUUAAACCAAUGGGCUAUGGAUUUUGAUUGCAAUUUGAACAACAUCAAACAUUCAAUAACCAAAGCUAAACAAGCUGGAGCUGUCAUUCGUCUUGGACCCGAGCUUGAGAUUACUGGUUAUGGCUGCGAAGACCAUUUCUUGGAGCUCGAUACCAUUAACCAUGCAUGGGAAUGCUUGAAAGAAAUUCUACUUGGUGAUUGGACUGAUGGGAUACUGUGUAGCUUUGGAAUGCCUGUAAUUAAAGGGUCAGAGCGUUAUAAUUGUCAAAUUCUUUGUAUGAAUCGAAAAAUAUUGAUGAUACGCCCAAAGAUGUGGCUUGCAAAUGAUGGGAAUUAUAGAGAGCUUAGAUGGUUUACAGCUUGGAAACAAAGGGACCAACUUGUUGACUUUCAGCUGCCAUUUGAGAUUUCUGAGGUUUUACAACAAAAGUCAGCGCCAUUUGGUUAUGGCUUUAUUCAAUUUCUUGAUACCUCUGUUGCGGCUGAAGUCUGUGAAGAGCUUUUUACUCCUAGUCCGCCUCAUGCCGAACUAGCUUUGAAUGGGGUUGAAGUGUUUAUGAAUGCAAGUGGUAGCCACCAUCAAUUGAGAAAGCUUGAUGUUCGUCUUCGCGCUUUUAUAGGUGCUACUCACACUCGUGGAGGAGUUUACAUGUACAGCAAUCACCAAGGAUGUGAUGGGGGUCGCCUCUACUAUGAUGGAUGUGCUUCUGUUGUUGUAAAUGGAGAUUUGGUUGCUCAAGGGUCACAGUUUUCUUUAAGAGAUGUUGAGGUUGUUGUUGCCCAGAUAGAUCUAGAUGCGGUUUCUAGUCUAAGAGGGUCGAUAAGUAGCUUCCAAGAACAAGCAAGCUGUAAAACUGUAAUUUCUUCAGUGAUGGCUCCUUACAAUCUCUGUCAGUCUUUUAACCUGAAAAUGUGUCCUUCAAGUCCACUUAAGAUUACUUACCACUGUCCUGAGGAGGAAAUAGCAUAUGGUCCUGGUUGUUGGCUCUGGGACUAUUUACGAAGGAGUGGAGCUUCUGGCUUUUUGCUUCCUCUAUCUGGUGGAGCAGAUAGCUCAUCUGUCGCUGCUAUAGUUGGCUGUAUGUGCCAGCUUGUUGUCAAAGAAAUUGCAAAUGGGGAUGAACAAGUCAAGGCUGAUGCUAUUAGGAUUGGAAAUUAUACAGACGGACAGUUUCCUACUGACAGUAGAGAAUUUGCAAAACGCGUAUUUUACACAGUUUAUAUGGGAACAGAAAACAGUUCUGAAGCCACAAAAUCAAGGGCAAAAAAGCUAGCAGAUGAGGUUGGCUCAUGGCAUCUUGAUGUUUGCAUAGACGGUGUUAUCUCUUCACUUUUAACCCUGUUUCAAACCGUUACUGGGAAGCGACCACGCUAUAAGGUAGAUGGAGGAUCAAAUAUUGAGAACUUAGGUCUGCAAAAUAUUCAAGCUCGAAUUAGAAUGGUUCUAGCUUUCAUGUUAGCAUCACUAUUGCCAUGGGUGCAUAGCAAACCCGGGUUUUAUCUUGUGCUGGGUAGCUCUAAUGUGGAUGAAGGCUUACGUGGUUACCUAACAAAGUACGACUGCAGCUCUGCAGAUAUAAAUCCAAUCGGAAGUAUUAGUAAGCAAGAUCUUCGAGCAUUUCUACGAUGGGCAGCUGUCCAUCUCGGUUUUUCAUCCUUGGCUGAUAUUGAAGCAGCUCCCCCCACUGCUGAACUGGAGCCUAUACGUUCUGACUACACCCAGCUGGAUGAAGUGGACAUGGGAAUGAGUUAUGAGGAACUCUCAAUCUAUGGAAGGUUAAGGAAAAUUUUCCGCUGCGGACCUCUAUCUAUGUUCAAGAAUCUCUGCUACAGAUGGGGUACAAGGUUGACUCCAUUAGAGGUGGCUGACAAAGUAAAAUUCUUCUUCAAGUACUAUUCCAUUAAUCGGCACAAAAUGACAGUACUGACACCGUCUUAUCAUGCUGAGAGCUACUCACCAGAGGACAAUAGAUUCGACCUCCGCCAAUUUCUCUACAAUGUGAGAUGGCCUUACCAGUUCCGAAAGAUUGAUGAGCUUGUACAUGAGUUGGAUGGUGAAAGGAUUCAUCUGGGGGACUCAAGUGACGCCGAGAAGUUGGGAGUUACAUCAGAUGGCGGUGGCGGAAUGGGAGUUGCUGCAGCAGGUUCAGGCAAUCCAAACGUCGGAUUCUAAUUCAAAUGCCAAAUUCAUUCCUUGAUAAAUAAGCUAACCAACACUAGCUUCAUAAGAUAGCAUAUUGAUAUUUUUGUCUCUUAAUUUUCGUCUAUAUGGAAGAAUAAUGUAUAAAUGUAUAUCUUCUUGUUGAGUUUCGAACAUAAAAUAAUGAAUUAAUAAAUUAAAAUAAAAUGAAGCUAUUUUUUAUUGCA